AAGAGUUUUUUUGUUUUAUUUGACGUUACAAUGCUAUUGACGCCAAUCCAACACAGUUUUAUGGCAUCACAUUCACGGCGACUUUUAUCACUGACCCGAAGGGCCUUUUCUUCUUCUUCUUUUUCUGAAGGAGGGGUUUCUAUGGUUCAAGGAGCUUCCAGAGGAAUUGGCCUUGAAUUUGUAAAACAGAUUUUAGAAAACGAUGAUAAAGGGCACGUUAUUGCUACUUGCCGUAAUCCUAGAGCAGCAACUGGGCUUAUCCAUCUGAAAGAUAAAUUUUCAGACCGUCUUAGCAUUUUGCCGUUGGAUUUGACCGUUGAAAGUUCAAUUGAGGCAUCAGCAUUGUCAAUAAAACAGACAUUUGGCCGUCUAAACCUUCUCAUUAAUGCAUCUGGCAUUCUUUCAAUACCUGGAGUAUUGCAACCAGAAACGACAUUGAACAAAUUGGAGAAGUCAUCUUUGAUGCUUGCAUAUGAAGUUAAUGCUGUGGGUCCUAUCUUAGUUAUCAAGCACAUGUGGCCUCUUCUAAAAGUAGGAGGCGGCUUUGGGACUGGAAGAAGUUCUGCUGUUGUGGCUAGUUUGAGUGCAAGGGUUGGAUCUAUUGGGGACAAUCGGCUUGGUGGCUGGCACUCUUAUCGAUCUUCAAAGUCUGCUCUUAAUCAAUUAUCAAAGACUGUCUCCCUGGAGUUUGCAAGAAAGAAGGAUCCAAUUGUAUGCAUUUUAUUGCAUCCUGGUACAGUAGACACAGAUCUCUCAAAGCCAUUUCAAAGGAAUGUUCCCCCAGACAAACUCUUCAGCAAAGAGUUCUCAGUGCAGAAGCUCCUAAGCAUCAUUAACAAUGUGAAGAACCAUGACAACGGCAAGUUCUUUGCCUGGGAUGGUCAAGAAAUUCCUUGGUAACCCUGUCAUAACAUGUAAGAAUGAUACCAGUAAUAAGUGUCAAAGCUGCACUCAAGAAAAAAAAAAUGGCUAGAGAAUUGUAUUUCAUAAAAUUCUUUGAUUCAUUGAUGUUUAUGGAACAUCAAAAACACAGACACUCUUAAAUUUUUGCUAUGUUGGUGUGGAUAGGAAUUUGAUCCUCAGGUGUUUAAUAAAUAUUAUUUUGUAUUGUAUUUGCGAUAAUUAAAGUAAAUAAAAAAACUCUUCUCUCUCAAUCAUGUGGUCAUUGAGUUCUAUUUAUAUUACCAUUUUUUAAUUAAGAGAUAUUAUAUAUACUCUU